AUGGAUAAUGGGACCCAGUUCACAGAUACAAUAUUUCAAAAACUUCUUUCCAGCUUGGGAAUCCAGCACAUAUUUGCCUCGGUGGAACAUCCUAUGGUGAAUGGGCAAGCCGAGACUGCAAACAAGGUAAUCUUGAAUGGGUUGAAGAAAAGAUUGGAUGAACAUCUCGAUUUUUGGGCUGAAGAGGUGUGGUCAGUACUGUGGUCAUACCAAACUACAGUGCACUACACCACCAACAAAGCUUUGUUCAAACUUACCUAUGGUGAAGAAGACGUAAUCCCAGUAGAACUCGGAGAGCCAAGCCCGAGAAUGCUUCUUGGAACAUCGGCAACCCACCAAAGCUUGGACUUAAUUGACGAAGUCAAAAGUAUGGCCAACUUAGUAGAACAAGCUCUGAAGCAAAGAGUGACCAAAAGAUACAACGCAAAAGUCCGACCCAAAAACUUUCAAGAAGGGGACUUGGUUCUAAGGCAAGCCAAUGCCGGAGUACCGGAAACUCGGGGUAAGCUAGCUCCGACCUAG